AUGAAGCUCCUCGCUCCGGUACUCCUCCUACUGCAAUCUGCUGGCCUCGUCCAGGGCUGCGUGCGUGUCCACGCCUAUCUAAGCAACACCCCCAUCGGCAACGACGUCAUGAGCAUCGAGCUCUGGGACGAUGACAACUUUUAUCAGCGAUGCGGCACCUGCUCGUGGGCCUUUGCCAGCAACGAGAGCCGCUGCCGCAAGGAGUGCGGCAAGUUCACCGUCGAGGUUUGGAAUAACGGCCGGUCCGCCUGGGUCCGCAACAACGGCAACAACGGGCUCGUGUACACCAUGCGGCAUACCAACAGCAAUACAGAUCACUAUUGCUGCCUCUUCACCGACAACGGCUGCCGCGGAUGGUGCAGCAACUGGGAGUCCUGCCACAAGAGCCAGCACGCCAACUGCAACAGAUAUGCCUGCAACCUGUGCGACGGUAUACGGUACUGCGGCGUUCGAGACCGGCUGCUUGCCGAGUCGGCGGAUAACUCAACGGCAACUGAGGAAUGA